CAGUACGUGCGGGUUCAUCGUCUACUACUAGCUAUAAUACUCCUGUUGGAAGUCCAGUGUCCUGGCUCUUGAUUUUUUCAGAACAAAUCUGAAUUGAGACGAGCGGCUGGAUGCAGAUGAUUGGUCUACAGGAAAGUGAAGAAUUACUGAAGAAUGAAGUACAAUCAUUUCAGCAAUCCUCUUCUUCAUCCUCAGUCCUCUUGUCCACAACUGAUAAUAUUUGUAGUUUGAUCUGGAACACGAGUGACUUAAAACCCCUGGACAGUCCACUGGACUCUGUUAUCUCUGCAUUCUUGACUUCCCCGUGAUUUCAUCUCCACAGCAUAUUUUUGGGAAAAACAUUACACACUUUCUGGGAUAUAGGAAAGUGUGUAAUAUAUCUGGGAUAUAGGCCUACACUACACUUGAGAUCUUCUCUGUGAGCAGUCUAGGCCUAUACAUUUUUCCUUGUCUCGUGAUAUUGUGGGCGUUAUACCAUUGGUGAGACACUAUGGAGUGGAAUAUGGAGUACUGUAUGGAACAGGUUAUGCAGAAGGACCUGGGUAGGAGACUACAGGUGGGCCAGGACAUCAUAGACUCCAUCCUGGACAUGGACAAGUCCCAGGUCCUGGAGCAGGACCAGACCAUGCUGGACAGAAUGGUGGAUGGUGUCGCUACCAACUGGGUCAACUCCAGCAAUUUCAAGGUGGCUUUAUUGGGAAUGGACAUACUCUCAGCUUUAGUAACAAGACUACAGGAACGGUUUAGGACACAGAUUGGAACUGUUUUGCCGAGUUUGAUAGAUCGACUAGGCGACUCAAAGGACCAAGUCAGGGACCAGGACCAAGCUCUUCUACUAAAGAUCAUGGACCAAGCUGCUAACCCACAGUAUGUAUGGGACCGAAUGUUAGGAGGAUUCAAACACAAGAACAACAGGACCCGGGAGAGUGUCUGCAUUUGCCUUAUCGCCACGUUAAAUGUAUAUGGAGCUCAAGGCUUGACCCUCAGCAAAAUUGUCCCCCACAUAUGUCAUCUUUUAGGAGACCCUACAAGCCAGGUGCGAGACGGGGCCAUGAACUGUCUUGUUGAAAUCUACCGACACGUCGGGGAGCGGGUGCGGAUGGACCUGGGGAAAAAGGGACUGCCACAGUCACGGUUGAAUGUCAUUUUCAGUAAAUUUGAUGAAGUUCAAAGAUCGGGGAACAUGAUCCUGUCCCCUGUCUCAGAUAAGAACUUUGAAGAUGAUGAUUCGGUGGACGGUGGGCGGUCCUCCUCUUCUAAGGGCCCGUCGUUAGGGAAGAAGACAGUGAGCAUGGGGUCGUUCCGUAGGCCCAGCUCUGCUUCCAGCACCAAAUCAACAGGGAGAGAUGGUCCUAGUGCGGCUGCUGCAGGGGCUGUGGAUGAGGAGGACUUCAUCCGUGCCUUCGAGGAAGUGCCCGCUAUGCAACUUUUCUCUAACAGGGAAAUGGAGGACGCCAUGACCAAGAUCAGGGAGGUGCUGGCUGACGACAAACGAGACUGGGAGCACAGAGUCACUGCGUUGAAGAAGAUGCGUUCUCUGCUCCUGGCGGGAGCGGUGGAGUUUGACGGUUUCUCCCAGCAGCUGCGUCUCACGGAGGCAGCCUUCAAGAUGUCCUCUAAAGACCUGCGCUCUCAGGUGGUCAGAGAGGCCUGUAUCACUCUGGGCCACCUGUCCUACAUCCUGGGGAACAGGUUUGACCACUGUGCUGAGUCCAUCAUGCCCACUCUCCUAACCCUGGUCUCGAACUCGGCCAAGGUCAUGGCCACAUCCGGAAUCGCUGUCAUACGACUCAUCAUCAGACAUACACACUACCCUCGUCUCAUUCCUAUCGUGACCGGCAGCUGCCAGUCCAAAUCUGUGGCCGUGAGAAGGCGCAGUUUUGAGUUCUUGGACCUCUUGCUGCAGGAGUGGCAGACCAGCUCUCUAGAGAGGAAUGUAGCUGUUUUGACAGAGACCAUCAAGAAAGGAGUCCAUGAUGCAGACUCCGAGGCCAGAUCAGUGGCCAGGAAGUGCUACUGGACGUUCCACUGCCACUUCAGCCGGGAGGCGGAGCAGCUGUUCCAGGCUCUAGAGUCGUCCUAUCAGAAGGCUCUCCAGUCCCACAUGAAGAGUUCUGACAGCAUCCUGUCCCUCCAUGCCUCAGACCGCUCCUCCUCCUCCUCACAGGAGAGCCUCAACCGCCCUCAGUCUGCCAAGAGCUCCAUGGGAAACACCGUGACCAGGACGAAAGCGGCUUCCUCCAGAGGUCCCUCCACCCUGGGCUCUCUACAGCGUUCCCGUAGCGAUGUGGACGUGAACGCUGCCGCCACCGCUUGUGCCAAGACCAGGAUGCCUCCCGUGCCCUCCUCGCCGGCCGCCUUCAGCGCUGCCUCCGCUCUGCCACCCGGCUCCUACGCCUCUCUUGGCCGUGUGCGUACCAGGAGAACGAGUUCGGGGAGCGGCGUGGGGGCGAGCCCCUCUGUCACAGACAGUAGGGGGAGAAGUCGAGCCAAAAUGGUGUCAGUGUCUCAACCUGGUAGUCGGUCUGGCUCCCCUGGUCGUCUUCUGAGCCACACAUACGGCAGGAUCCCCAGGGCAACUGGAGCGACAACGCCAUCAGACAGGAGGCCUAAAGUCCCCCGCAGUCAUGGCUGCAGCCGAGACACCAGUCCAGACAGAUCAGGCCUGGCGAGGAGUCGUAUCCCCCGGCCCAGCAUGAGUCAGGGCUGCAGCAGGGACACCUCUAGGGAGAGCAGCCGGGACACCAGCCCCGCUCGGGGAUUCUCUCCUCUGGCGUCCAGACGUGUCUCCCGCUCCACCAGUGCUCUCCACUCGGCUGAGUCUGUGGGCCACUCAGAGCGUCUAGGUCUGGCCCACCAGGCCCGUAUCUCAGCCUCUGUCAACGCCAUGAGGAUCCUCAACACCGGGACCGAGGUGGAGGCAGCUGUAGCCGACGCCCUGUUACUAGGAGACGCCAGGAACAACAAGCGGCGGCCAGUCAGGCGGCGGUAUGAGUCCCCGGGCAUCUACUCAGACGACGACGCUAACAGCGACGCCAGCAGCGCCUGCUCUGAGCGCUCGUAUGGCUCGCGGAACGGCGGCCCGCCCCACUACAUGAGACAGACGGAGGACGUGGCCGAGGUGCUGAACCACUGUGCCAGUUCCAACUGGUCUGAGAGGAAGGAGGGGCUGCUGGGACUACAGAACCUGCUCGUUAGCCAGAGAAUUCUCAGUCGUGUGGAGCUGAAGCGGUUGUGUGAGAUCUUCACUAGGAUGUUUGCUGACCCACACAGCAAGGUGUUCAGCAUGUUUCUGGAGACCCUGGUAGACUUCAUCACCCUGCACAGAGAGGACGUGCAGGACUGGCUGUUUGUCCUGCUCACCCAGCUGCUGAAGAAGAUGGGAGCUGACCUCCUGGGUUCCGUACAGGCCAAGGUCCAGAAGGCUCUGGACGUCACCAGGGACUCGUUCCCGUUCGACCAGCAGUUUAACAUCCUGAUGCGUUUCAUCGUGGACCAGACCCAGACCCCCAACCUGAAGGUCAAGGUGGCCAUCCUGAGGUACAUUGAGUGCCUGGCCCGUCAAAUGGACCCCGCAGACUUUGUCAACUCCAGCGAGACACGUCUGGCCGUCUCCCGCAUCAUCACCUGGACCACAGAACCAAAGAGCUCCGACGUCCGGAAGAGCUUCCACCAUAGCUGGGCAGGUGAGGAGUUGUCAGGCAGGCCCAGCACCACCGUAGCCCCUCUACCUGGAGAGGGGAACGUGGAGGAGAGGUGCAAGCAGGCGGCCCAGGUGGUUCUGAUCGCCUUGUUUGAGCUGAACACCCCAGAGUUCACCAUGCUGCUGGGGGCCCUGCCCAAGACCUUCCAGGACGGAGCCACUAAACUGCUGCAUAGCCACCUACGGAACUCCAGCAACACCGGAGUGGCUUCUCCCAGUAGCACUAUGGGACGGACUCCUCCCCCGCCUCGCCACCCCAGCAGUCGCAGCAGCCCCCUCACCUCUCCCACCAACUGCUCUCGUGGGGGCGCGCUCUCUCCCAGCAUGUUGGAGUACGACACAGAGAACCUGAACACCGAUCAGAUCUAUAGCUCCCUGCGAGGCGUCACUGAGGCCAUCCAGAACUUCAGCUUCCGCAGUCAGGAGGACCUCAUGGAGCCGGGCAGAGGCAAGAGAGAGGACACGCCGGGUGUUGGAACAGCAUCACACUCUGGUGCCGACGUAGUGGAGGGGCCCGGGGGUCGCACGGCCCUGGACAACAAGACCUCCCUACUCAACACCCCCUCCCCGCGUUCCUUCUCCGGGCCCCGGGGCCGCGACUACAACCCCUAUAACUACACAGACACCAUCAGCGCCUACGACAAGGCUGCCCUGAAAGAGACGGUGUACGAGGACGACGUGGAGCAGCUUCGAGAUGGUCGCCAAGAGUGUGGUGGAGAAAACAAGAUGCUGCACACCAAGAACAGUUCCCCUUCGGAGCAGCUGGAACUGGCGGGUGAGCUGCUGAAGGAGCUGUCUAACCCCAGUGAGAGGCCAGAGGAGAGGAGGGGAGCCCUGGUGGAGCUGCUGAAGAUAGCCCGGGAGGACAGCCUGGCAGUGUGGGAGGAACACUUCAAAACCAUGCUGCUCCUGCUGCUGGAGACCCUGUCAGACCAAGAUCACACCAUCCGGGCCCUGGCACUACGAGUGCUGAAGGAGAUCUUACGUAACCAGCCGGCCCGCUUCAAGAACUAUGCAGAGCUCACCAUCAUGAAGACUCUGGAGGCACACAAAGACUCCCACAAAGAGGUUGUGCGGGCAGCAGAGGAGUCAGCCUCCACCCUGGCUGGGUCCAUCCACCCAGAACAGUGUAUCAAGGUGCUGUGUCCCAUCGUCCAGACAGCUGACUACCCCAUCAACCUGGCUUCCAUCAAGAUGCAGACCAAGGUGAUCGAACGCAUCACCAAGGAGUCCCUGCACCAGCUGCUGCCUGACAUCAUACCAGGACUACUGCAGGGGUAUGACAACACAGAGAGCAGUGUGAGGAAGGCCAGUGUGUUCUGUCUGGUGGCUGUCUACUCUGUCAUCGGUGAAGAGCUGAAGCCCUACCUGGCCCAGCUCACAGGAAGCAAGAUGAAGCUGCUGAACCUGUACAUAAAGAGAGCCCAGACGUCCACCAGCAACAGCAGCAGCUCUUCAGACAUCUCCUCAUACUAAUGAACAUGGCCCUCCGGCUUCAUCCAUGUGUGUGCAGGUACAUACAGUACAGGGUUAUGUUCAUAGGGCACCAAACGGUGCAAAACAGAAUGAAACUGGAAGGGACUACCUGGACUACUGGUCCAAUAAGAAACACUAAUUUUCUUUUCUUUUUACCGUUUUGAAAUAUUUUCCAUGGCGUGCCCUAAUGAACGUGACCCAGAUAGGGAAACAGUUGUGCCUCAAUCUUUCUUUCCAGACCUCCUUGUGGUUUAAUGUAUUCUAAUAAAGGCUGUAGGCUGUUCCUUGUUGGGAAACCCUAUGCCUGUUGCAAUCAGUAUUUUAUUUCCUUCUGUUUUGUCGUCUUGUAAAUACGUUUAUUCCACCUUUUUUAUUAAGAUACGAAUGCGACACUACUUCAGACCUAGUCGAAUGAAUGUAAAGAGCUUUGAAUGAAACCGGAGUCCUUUUUAAACCGUCUGAAAGGAUUUAAUGUUGAUGGAAGCAGAGUGUCGCUCUGCACACGACCGCCUCAUUGCCUCUGUUCCUUCUCGCGAUGGACAGAUGGGCUUAAUUGGAAACGUGCUAUUUGUAAAGGGGCAGUUUAAAAAUGGCGAUUUUGAUAGUAAUUGUUCUGUAGUAUUUGCCGUCUGAAGAAUUUGUUCUUAGUGACGAUGCUAUGUUUUUGUUAAGCCUGUAUUUUAAAGAAUAAUCCUUGUGAAGCGGUAGAAUUUCUUAGUUAGUGAGAAUCUAAAAAAAACAACGUUCAUUUCCAUUAGUGGGAGAAGAUCAUUUGGCUGGCCAAUGAUUAGUACACGCAGUGAAAAGCUGUAUUGAAUACGCCUAUGUAAACUGCUUCUGUGUGUAACACCUGUGUUUUGACUGUGGUUUGGGCCCAACAACUAGUGAAGGAACGUUUUCCUUUUUCACAAGGAUUACAGUCUCACCCUUCAUACAUUAUUAUGGAAGGGGAGUUAUUGGUUGAGUUGGUGGCGUUUGAGUCUGCUGUUCUUUGUGCUUUAACAUUCGGGCCACGUUGUAAUGAGUCAAAACUACUGGGAUCUGAAGUAUUCUUGCAAAUGUAAGAGUCCUAGAAUUUUCAAAUGUGAAAUAUUUAGUCUAAAAUCGAAAUAUGGGCGGUACCUAUUCGUCACAUAGUAGAAAUACAAUGACAAUCUGAGCUAUUAAUCGAUAAUCUAAGGACAUUUUAAGUGCCAGUGCAAAUAUUAUUAUUUUUUACAAUUUAAAGACAGGGGGGGGGGGGGGAAAUGUAUUUUAAAUUGAAUCCAGCAAUAAUGAAUUAGUUACAAAAAAUCCAACUACUUGGAUGAACUUUUUUGUCAAAGCACUGUAAAUGACCAUUGUAAGUGAACCAUCCUUGUUUGAAAUGUAUAGAUGUCAUUUUUAUGCGCACCUUUUUAUGCGCACCUAUGAAAUGUUACUGCUGCUUUAGAAAUACUAAUCAUGGCGUUAAACCUAAUGUAUUUUACUCUCCUUAUUAUGAAUGUUAAAGGUACAGUUGUUUCGGUUAGAACAAGAAUUCAGAGUUGGGGUCAAUUCCAUUUAUAUUCAGUCCAUUCAGAAAUUCCAAUUCCCAAUUUUCCUCAAUGAUUGUCUAUGGGGAUAAAAAUGAAAUUGCAAUUUCAGUUUACUUCCUGAUUUGAUUGAAAGGAAUUGAGCCCAUCCCUUGUUAAAAGUCCAGAUAAAGGUGGCGUGUUACUGAGAAGACUAUCGGGCCUUACAGUUUCACUACAUUGACUUAAAAUGUACUGUAACAGUGCACAAUGUUUCUCUUUUUCUCAAAUGUGAGAACUCAGCAAUUUUAUCAGCUAUUGCUAUGACCAAGUACAAAAUGUUGUCAAAUACAAACACAGUAUUUCUUUUGUUAGACUUGCCUGUUGCAAUUGAAUCAAAAAUUAAACUCAAAAUGAGUGUUUUGUACAGUACUUUUAAUCAUUGAUUCACAGACUUGUUAUAAAAAGAGAGUCGUUUGCAUGCGAGGGAACAUGCAAUAUUAUACCCAGCAACCUCAAUGAUUAACUAACAUUCCCAACUGCGACUUGUUGAUGUUGAAGAAACGUUGCUUCUAAUCUAUGAAUGUCUGGUCAGCUUGUAUUAUAUAACACACACACUAUUGAUAUCCAUCACAGCUACCAAGCUAGGGCUGAUUUAACAGACCGAACAUUGUAUACUAUACUGUAAUUGUAUGCUGUGUGCACACACUGGCCUGUAUCAAAAACCAAACCCUAUUAUCCUCAAGCCAUGUAUCUUGAGUGUGUAUUUGCUUGUGCCUUGUUUUAGUUUUUUUUACAGUAUACCUGCAAUAUUAAUCCAUACUAAUAGCUUCUGAAUACUGCUUUUGAAUUGUUGUUUUUUUGCCCCUAUUUCGAAAUGCUGUAUUAUACAUCAUGAAUUAGACAGGAAAGUUGUUGCGUCGAAGACCAAGGUUAUGUCCCAUGUGGCACCCGAUUCCCUACCCUUGUGGGACCCGGUCAAAAGUAGUGCCCUAUAUAGGGCAUAAGGUUCCAUUUGGGAUGCAUCCCAAGGCUGCUGUAAAUAAAGGCAAUAGUUUAAUGGCAGUAUUUCCCACAGAUGUAAUAUUGGCUUGGCUGUUCUAUUCCUUGUGAACCAUUUGCAAUGCAUGCUUCUUCUGUUUAGCUAGUCAUUGUUUUAUCCCUCCCGUACCUAUAUUUAUAUGCCGUCUGUUAUAUUUUCUGUGUGUUAUGACUGUACAUAUUUCAUGUUUUGUUCACUUCUUUCACCCGUGAUAGUAUUUGUUGAAAUUUAAACUUGAAAUAAACCAGCUUCAGUCCCUGUCCGAAGCAUGUAAUCACA